GCAAUGGGAAAGGUGGGUUGACCCCCUGGCUAGUCCAAGCAGCAAGGCCCCUGUCGGUCGGCCGAACCAGAGGGCGGUGUCUGCAGGCAAAGUCUUUUUGCACCCGUUCCCCGCCAAAAAUUACCAGAUCCACAUGCAACGACGACCGACGAAAACAUAGUACGAGACACCUCACUCUCGCCCGUUUCCCUGAAGAUCGCAGCUCCGCAAAGCUGCGUCCCUUUGGAUCAAAAUGGGUCUCGCUGGUGCCAAAAACAAGCGGAAACUUGGCAACGACCCGAACAACACCAAAUGGUCGCGCAAUACCGACACGUUUGGCCAGAAGAUCCUUAGGGCUCAGGGGUGGCAGCCAGGCGAGUACCUUGGUGCGAAGGACGCUCCACAUGCGGAAUGGCACACCGAAGCCAACACGACGCACAUCAGGGUUACCCUCAAGGACGACACUCUCGGCCUAGGAGCCAAGCGAAAUAAUGGCGACGAAUGUACCGGCCUCGAUGCGUUUCAGCACCUACUUGGGCGCCUAAAUGGCAAGAGCGAAGAGACGCUGGAGACGGAGCGGAAGGUUCGGGAUGAUGUGAAACUCAGUCUUUACAUGGAGAGGAAAUUCGGGACGAUCCGAUUCGUCAAGGGCGGGUGGCUGGUUGGCGAUCAAGUUAAGCAAACGCCCGACGAUGAGGCGGAGGAGGCGCCAAAUUCCGCAGAAGUGAGCGACGCGUCAGCGCCUGCCGCGGUGAAAUCCAAAAAGCGGAAGGCCGACCGAGGGUCCGAUCCAGAAGACGACAAGUCGAGCAAAAAGGAAAAGAAAUCUAAGAAGAGGAAAGCGGAGUCCGAGGCUGAUGUGAACGAGGAAGGAGGAAAGAAGAAAAAGGACAAGAAGUCAAAGACGAGGAUGACUGAGCCCGAGGAAUGCGAGGCACCAACUGUGACGCCAGAAACCACCGAGUCUCCGGAUGACGCUGGCAGCACCUCCGAAGCUGGGAAGGCCAAGAAGGAGAAGAAAGACAAGAAAAGGGACAAGAAAGAUAAAAAGGACAAAAAAGAGAAAAAGGAGAAGAGUAGGAAAGACAGAGCAGCGGCAGAGUCGGGAGCCGAGACGGGCGACAGUAUAUCCAAAGAGAGGAAGCGAAGGAAAAAGGAGGCUGUUUCGGAGUCGUCUUCAGCGCCCACGCCCGCAGAAAGCAGCUUGUCCACGCCGAGUGGCAGUGGCUAUUCAACGCCUGUCCCUACGGGCUCGAGCAGAUACCUGGCAAGGUCGAGGUUCAUCGCCCAAAAGAAGAUGGCAUUUGCGGACAGCGCGGCACUCAACCAGAUCUUUAUGAUCAAAUCAUAGUUAAACUCGGUAAUCGACACCGCACCCGCGUAUGCGGUGGGUAAUCCCCCUUACUGUUGCUUCCGCUGUUGCUACGCGUGCGCCUCCUCCUCCCCCCUCAAGGA